CAACGUUCUCAGGCAUAGCCGCUGCAUAUGUUCCUGUACAUGGACUGGCUGUUACUUCCUGCCUGAAUUUAACCGGUCACAGGGGAUGAGUGAUGGGAGAUGGAGCCAAGGAUGGUUUUUAUUUAGAGGUUUAAUUGCCAGCAGGUCUGACGCAUUGAGGGGUUUCCCCACCCUGCAACUGGGCUGUGAGAAUCACCUUGAGGAAGAGGAGGAAGAGACGCAGCCAAGGCAGCGGUGAGGCUGAAAUAGAGGCAAUUCUACCUGGGAAACCUGUGCAGGCUGUCUUUGAAUUGACCAACAUGGCUUCAGUACGAGAAGUAUCCAGUUUCACUGAAGACUUGCUGUGCCCUAUUUGCCUCUCCCUCUUUCGGGACCCCCGCAUGCUGGAGUGUGGCCACAGCUUCUGCGCUCCCUGCCUGGAGCCCUGCAUACCCAGAGAGCUUUGCCCCGAGUGCCGGCGCCCCUUUUCUUUGCACCACAUGACCAUCAACCGAGCCCUCUGCAGCUUGUCUGAGAAGGCCCGGCUCCUGAAGCUGGAUGAAGGGGCUCAGCUGAGUGGCACCGGCAGCUGGUACUUCUGUGAGGAACACGAGGAGCCCCUCAAGCUCUUCUGCAGCCAAGAUGAGGCGCCCGUCUGCGUCAUUUGCCGGGACUUGCCUGAGCACCGGGGACACGACUUUCUGCCCAUCAAAAACGCGGUUCAGACCUAUCAGGACCAGCUGAAAGCAUUUCUGGAGCCUCUUGAGGAAGAUCUCAGACAGUUGAAAAGGAGUCAGUGUCACCAGCAGGAGAACAUUAUCGAAUUAAAGAUCUGUUCCGAAUCCUUGUCUGAUCACGUCUCUGGAGAGUUUGUGAAGAUGCACCAGCUGCUGAACGACAGGGAGCUGGCUAUAAAGCAGUCCUUAGAAAACCAGCAAGAAAAGAACUUGGCUCAGAUGGAAACUAAGUUAAAGGAACUGGACUGCAAGAUGGCCUCAUGUUCAGAAACUCUGUGUCGCAUACAGGCCGGCCUUGAGUGCAAAGAUCACAUAAGUUUCCUUAAGGAGGCAAAAGAGUUGCUAGAGAGGUUAAGUAAGGAACAACCUGAUGAACCUGAACUAGGUGCCAAACUAGUAGGAGAAGAUGGGUUGGGGGCCAGCAAUGAUGACACCAGCAGUGAUGACACAGAUGAAUUUGUCAAUGAGAUUGAUCGGUUGAUGAGAGAUGCUGAAGAUAGUGAUGAGGAAGAAGAGGGGGAAGUAAAAAAGUUUGUCCCUUUUGGGAUGCCCUUCCCCAGGGUAAGUAAGGAACAACCUGAUGAACCUGAACUAGGUGCCAAACUAGUAGGAGAAGAUGGGCUAGGGGACAGCAGUGACGACACCAGCAGUGACGACACAGAUGAAUUUUUGAAUGGGGUUGCUCGGUUGAUGAGAGAUGCUGAAGAUGAUGAUGAGAAAGAAGAGGAGAAGGAAGAAGAUGAAGAUGGAGUGGUGGCUGUAGACUUGAACCUGGGCGAGUUUAAAGGACCUCUGCAAUUCUGCUCCUGGAAGGAGCUCCUGGGUGCGGUCCAUCCAGUCCCUGCAAACUUCAUUUCGGACUGCAACUCAGCUCAACCCAGCCUGGUCCUCUUGAAAGAAGCCACUGGAGUCAAGUCCAGUCCCAACCAAUGUUUCAGGCGACAAAAGUCAGAGCGCUUCACCUCGAGCUUGUGUGUGGUGGGAUGGAAAGGAAUUACCACUGGGACCUUCUACUGGGAGAUCGAAGUCGGGGACAGUACCGGUUGGGUGUUGGGGAUGGCCAAAAAGUCUGUGAAGCACAAGAAGCGGCUGAACGUUCUACCCAAGGAAGGCGUGUGGGCCAUUGAGCUGAAGGCUGGAGAGUACCAAGCUCUGAGUGAACCCCGUACGCCCCUCUCGGUCUGCGGGAGGAUGGAAAAAGUUGGGAUCUACCUGGACUUUGAAGGGGGGCAUCUCUAUUUUUAUAACAGCAGCAGCAUGACCCAUCUUUACACCUUCCAAGAAUGCUUCCAUGAAGAGCUGCUCCCCUUUCUCAGCACCCAAAGCAGCUACCCCCUCUCAGUGUGGAAUCUGGUGCUUUGAGAUCUUAGUUCAGAAUGCCGCAUUGCAAUGAACAGCCUGGUGAAAAAUGAAACCAUUGAGAUGUGCUAGAAUGGAUCUUUUAUUAGUAAUAGCAAUAGCAUGUAGACUUAUAUACCACCCCAUAAUGCUUUACAGUACCCUCUGGGCAGUUUACAACAUCAACAUAUUGCCCCCAACAAUCUGGGUCCUCAUUUUAUGGACCUGGAA